CUGACUUUAAACAAAUGCAGUGACAUGCUGCUGCGAUUUCGCAGCAGAAAAGAUUGUGAGACUGCAAGUCAACAAGUAAUUCCAUCUGAUGGCACUUUAGACAAGCAGCUUUCCCUGAAAGGAUCUCUUGCUGCUGUUCGGAAAUCAGCUCAUGCAGCUGCUCUUAUUCAGGCUGCUUUCCGAGCUCAUUCAUUCCGUCAUAGACAAUCGAUGAAGAGCAAUAUUGAUGUGUCUGAAGUUUCAGUUGACCUGGUUGCCCUUGGUUCUUUGAACAAGGUCCAAAAAUUGAGUCAUUUUGAGGACUACUUGCAUUCUGCGGCCGUAAAGAUCCAGCAGAAGUAUCGUGGUUGGAAGGGAAGAAAAGAAUUCUUAAAGAUACGGAGCCGUAUUGUUAAAAUCCAGGCUCAUGUUAGGGGACAUCAAGUUCGGAAGCAAUACAAAAAGGUUGUUUGGUCUGUUAGUAUUGUGGAAAAGGCAAUAUUGCGAUGGAGGCGUAAGGGGCAGGUUUGCGUGGAUUUCAGUGAAAAUUCAUUGGAAAUGGGUCGCAGAGUUGAGAAACUGAUGAUAUGA